ACACGCUAACACGGGCUCUGAGCUGGAGGCAAGAAGCCUCUGCAUGCCCCCUCAGUUCAGCCCUAAGAAGGCCCAGUUUGCCAUCCAGUCUCACUCCACUCCCUACACUGGGGUCUUGUCCACCCUGCAAUCUGCGGCUGGAGAAAUAGAUGCGAACAGAGGCAAAAAGGGGAACAAAACCAGUUUCCCUCCCCUCCCUGGCUCCCCAAGCUGAACCACAUCCUCCUCCCCACUUAACACCCCCUUCCCCCAACACAGGGCUUUCCCUUUGCUGAGUCACUGAAUGAGCGAGUUGGGGGUAGCCGGCGCUGGGGGGCCAUGAGGAGGCUGGGGGAGGAUGGGGAAUACAAGCAGAAUGGCUGGAGGAAGAGCCCUGUGGGGGAGUGGAAUUUCAGUUGCUAAAAUUAGGAGCAGGGGAAGGAGGUGGAAAGAGCAAAAUUAUGUAACAUGGGUUGUCUGUUCUUGGGCAACUGGAGCUCCACACCCAAAGCCAGCCAGGCUGCUGGCUCCAUCCGUCUCUGCCCUCUAGCUUGUCAGUUGUAUCUCUCUUCCUCCAGGGCCCCAAUCCUCAUCUCCGCCAUUCAGCUGCUGCCCCAUCCUAAACCUGAGUUCAUCUCUGGGCAGCCCAGGCAUGGCCUUCCCUAUAAACAUUUCCUUUUCCAAGAACCAGUAGUUGAAGUCCUGAGAGGUGGAGGGAGAGUCUGGGAUUCCCACGGAGGAGAGAGGGGGGCUCCCUGGAAACUAAGAUAGGUAGACCCCACUACCAUCGCCCAGGACACAACUGGGAACUUGGCAAAAAGAAAGGACAGGGCUGCAAGGAGAGUACAGACAUGUGCUAGUGAGUGCACUGUCUGCAUAGUUACACCAGAGCAUCUUAUCAAUCAGAAACUUAUCUUUCAGGUUUUGAGCCCAGUUCUCUACAGGAGAAUCCCAGGAGUGGAAGUGGAAGGCAGUAGAAGACAGGGAGGGCACGCCUCUGGGAACACGGGAACAUGGGUGGGCAUGAGAUCCUUGAAUAAGACAGCCUGAAGUUCGGAAGAGACCAAGGCCUCUGAAGGACCAGGCAGAUGUUCAGGGUGCAGGAGGGGGAAGGGCUGGUGAGAAAGAUCCUGUGAGAGGAAGCUGCUGUGAUUCAGAGAAGAGACUUCAAGCUGUGUGUGACCCUGGCGUCCGGUUCCUCUCACAGGCUGGAGCUUUUCGGAAGUGGCAUGCAAAGAGUCCAGGUUUGGCCUUGGGGGGAGUUGGGGUUAGGAUCCCUAAGCUGGAGGUUGAGAAGUAAAUUACAGAAAACUCUGGUGACCAAAUUUGCUCCUCCACCCAGGAGAUUUCUCACUGGUUUUUAAGCACAUCAUUUCCCCUUCUGCAAGAGUUACAUAAAACCAAAGCAAAAUAAGCCCUGAAACCUGGGCCCACCGGACCACAGUCUUUUCAACGUCCCUUCCUGGUGUCUGGCCCCCAGCCCUGGUGGGGGUUCCCCUGAGAUAAGGGCUGUUCACUUUCUCUGACCACAUGGUUUCCGCUUCUGUGUCUCUUGUUUCCUAGGCUGAUAAAAAUACUGAGCCCUAGAGGCCCUGGCUUCCUCUGACCCCUUGGGGCAGGCAGCAGGCAUCCUGUCCAGCAUGGUGGGGGUAGGGACAGGGGCCAGGGAUUCCCAAGGGGUGACUCAGUGCCUGCCAUGAAACAGUGGGUAGGUGGAAGUGUAUCUCUGCUCUCUAGAGCUGGCACCAGGAGUUGAGUCUCAGUGGAGGAUGCAUUGGGAUUCAAUUGGAGGAACAGGCCUGGAAAAGAAUAAUGAGAUUGAAGAAGGUCAGUUUGAGUACUCAGGUUGGGGCAGGUUUGGGUUAAGUUAGGAAAAGGAUCUGGGAGGGACUCUGUUCAGUGUAGGUCAACUGAGCAUUAUGUAGCCCAAAGAUAAAUUUAAACCCUGCUUCAAGCUUACAAUCUAGUGGGGAGGCAGACCCAUACCUAAUUAACUGAUUCAAGGCAUGAUGAGUAAACUUUAAGAUGUUUACAGAAAGAGGGGAGAUUAAGUCCAUUUGAAAGCAUCCAGGGAGCCUCUGAGGAGACAGCAUUUGAACUUGCUCUAAUGAAUGGGUUCACUAGGUGGAGGUGGAUGGAAAGGUUCCGUAGGCGAAUAACACGUCUUGAGCGAGCCUGACAAGUCAGAAAAUGCAGUAUGUUCUGGGAAAGGAGCGUCCUGAGGUAGAAGAAGCACAGGUGUGAGGGAACAUGUGCUGAAGAAAGGACCACAGAAAGUCAAGGUCAGAGAUUGGACUGCAUCCUGUGGGCAGUGGUCCAGGUGACGAUGAAAAAGAGGGAGAACAGAAAACUUUGGAAGGUGUCUGCCACAUUGAUCCUGGAAUGUGUGUUUAUUUGGGGUUAUAUAAAUCUGUUCUGUGGAAGCCACCUGAAGUCAGGAAGAGAUGGAGGGCAUCCUUCAGGAGUGAGAUGAGACCUCAUCAUACUUGACUGUCCAGCAUCAUCUCUGAGCCUCAGCCUUUCCUGCCUUUGACUGAAACAGCAGUAUCUUCUAAGCCCUGGGGGCUUCCCCGGGCCCCAGCCCCGACCUAGAACCCGCCCGCCGCCUGCCACGCUGCCACUGCCGCUUCCUCUAUAAAGGGACCUGAGCGUCCGGGCCCAGGGGCUCCGCACAGCAGGUGAGGCUCUCCUGCCCCAUCUCCUUGGGCUGCCCGUGCUUCGUGCUUUGGACUACCGCCCCGCAGUGUCCUGCCCUCUGCCUGGGCCUCGGUCCCUCCUGCACCUGCUGCCUGGAUCCCCGGCCUGCCUGGGCCUGGGCCUUGGUUCUCCCCAUGACACCACCUGAACGUCUCUUCCUCCCAAGGGUGCGUGGCACCACCCUACACCUCCUCCUUCUGGGGCUGCUGCUGGUUCUGCAGCCUGGGGCCCAGGGGCUCCCUGGUGUUGGCCUCACACCUUCAGCUGCCCAGACUGCCCAUCAGCACCCCAAGAUGCAUCUUGCCCACAGCACCCUCAAACCUGCUGCUCACCUCAUUGGAGACCCCAGCAAGCAGAACUCACUGCUCUGGAGAGCAAACACGGACCGUGCCUUCCUCCAGGAUGGUUUCUCCUUGAGCAACAAUUCUCUCCUGGUCCCCACCAGUGGCAUCUACUUCGUCUACUCCCAGGUGGUCUUCUCUGGGAAAGCCUACUCUCCCAAGGCCACCUCCUCCCCACUCUACCUGGCCCAUGAGGUCCAGCUCUUCUCCUCCCAGUACCCCUUCCAUGUGCCUCUCCUCAGCUCCCAGAAGAUGGUGUAUCCAGGGCUGCAGGAACCCUGGCUGCACUCGAUGUACCAUGGGGCUGCGUUCCAGCUCACCCAGGGAGACCAGCUAUCCACCCACACAGAUGGCAUCCCCCACCUAGUCCUCAGCCCUAGUACUGUCUUCUUUGGAGCCUUCGCUCUGUAGAACUUGGAAAAAUCCAGAAAGAAAAAAUAAUUGAUUUCAAGACCUUCUCCCCAUUCUGCCUCCAUUCUGACCAUUUCAGGGGUCACCACCACCUCUCCUUUGGCCAUUCCAACAGCUCAAGUCUUCCCUGAUCAAGUCACCGGAGCUUUCAAAGAAGGAAUUCUAGGCAUCCCAGGGGACCACACCUCCCUGAACCAUCCCUGAUGUCUGUCUGGCUGAGGAUUUCAAGCCUGCCUAGGAAUUCCCAGCCCAAAGCUGUUGGUCUGUCCCACCAGCUAGGUGGGGCCUAGAUCCACACACGGAGGAAGAGCAGGCACAUGGAGGAGCUUGGGGGAUGACUAGAGGCAGGGAGGGGACUAUUUAUGAAGGCAAAAAAAUUAAAUUAUUUAUUUAUGGAGGAUGGAGAGAGGGGAAUAAUAGAAGAACAUCCAAGGAGAAACAGAGACAGGCCCAAGAGAUGAAGAGUGAGAGGGCAUGCGCAUAAGGCUGACCAAGAGAGAAAGAAGUAGGCAUGAGGGAUCACAGGGCCCCAGAAGGCAGGGAAAGGCUCUGAAAGCCAGCUGCCGACCAGAGCCCCACACGGAGGCAUCUGCACCCUCGAUGAAGCCCAAUAAAUCUCUUUUCUCUGAAA